UCCUACUCGGUGGUUCGUCCUCGUCCGUCCUCACUUCCAGUUUCCAGUUAUUCCAGUGCAGUGUGCGUGUGCGCCGUUUGCGGUCAGUUUUAGUAGGUGUGUACAUUUGAAAUUUCGUCGGUACCUACUUUCAUCGAGAAUGGAAAUGUCUUCUAACAUUAUACAAGAGCUGACAAAUCUAAGCUUAUUUGGCCAUGUUGAGCCUCAAAAUAUAGUGUUGCAUGGUUUGGAAGAAAGGGAAAAAAAAGAAAGAUCUGAAAAGCAACGCAAAGAAGUAGAAAAACUUAGAAAACAACAAGAAGAAAAGCAAAAGAAGGAGGAGCUUGAAUUAGAAGAGUAUCAUAGAGAAAACAUGAUGCACCAAAUGAAAAGAGAUAAAGCAUUAUAUGCUCCACCACACAAAAGAGGUCGUGGCAGAGGAGCUGUUCUGUCUGAGGAAACAGGUGUGUCAAAUAGGCCUUCUGAUAACCACAGUCGGCGGGCUGACUCGGACAGGUCCUUCUUCCAAAGAGAGCAGAAGGUGCAAGAGAGUUUAUAUCAGAUCGAGUCUCGUCUCUAUAGCAACAGAACACAGAAAUCGUAUUGGGAAGAGAAAGCAUCGAACAAUUAUCGAGAUGAAAAUGACAAUAAGGCCUACUUAAAUUAUGAAUCUUCUUCGAAUUCGGACCAGUAUGAGGAUGCUGACAGCUUGAACCAAACUUCGUCACCAUCUUUCCACUCAGUUUCCUCAUCCCUGAGUCCUGCUGAUGUGGAGUCUCCAGGACAUAUGUCUCCUGGCAAUGGGAUUUAUACAGCCCAUGUAUUGGAGCCUUCAAUUAACUACGAGUCUUCUGCCAACGUGAUGUGUCCGGCCCCGAAACAUAAAUCUGCUUCUACUAGUUCUCCUUACAAACCAAAGAAAAGCAAACUUGCAGCCAAAUUUACAAACAGUUUUGAGGACUUUGAUGUUGAACACAAAGCACUCCAUUCAGGUGCAACCAGUUCUGUAAUCAGUGAGAAUGUAAAUGGUCAAGAUCCUGUAAGCUUUCUAACCACCACACAAUCUUUGAAUGGUGAAGAUCCUCUUACCGGUCAAUCGACUGCAGGAUCUUCGACUGGUGAAGAAGCUCUUAGUGUUCUUACAACUGCACGAUCUUCGAUCUACAGACGUAAAGGAUUUCGAGGAGUGAAGAACACUUUGGAUAGUCUAAAUUCAUCUCAGCGUGUGUUGACAAACAAAUUUGAUGCAGAAGCAAUAUGCAAGGCCUACAACAAUAGAAAAGAAGAAGGUUAUACCUUUAAGAAGGAUGACUUUCCAUCAUUGUGAUGAAGAAUAGGGUUAGACCAACUAUUUUGUUUAUUAGCUGAUACACUAACAAUUAUUUUAUUCUAGAUUAUAACUUUUAUUCAGGACUCAGUUACCAAGAGUGAUCUAGUCUUACGUCAACUUGUUUUGGUAACUUGGUGUUUUAAAAUGUAACAAUAAUAUAGGAAGUGUUGCAAAAUUUUUAUAAUACUUGUUUGCUUGAUAAAGUAGUCUUGUUGUCUUUUAAUUUAUUCUGUGGUAAGCCAUAUUGUAUUUGAACCAUUCUUGUACAAAAUAUUUUGAAAUUUGUAUAGUUAAUGAUUUGGGCUAUGCUAUGGCAAUAAUACAAACCAAACUGAAGCAACUGAUUUACUCUGAAAAUUUCAUAUUUGUGUGGUAGUUUUUUUUUUUUUCAAACAAUGACAGUUUUAUUCAUAAAAAUACGACUUAAUUAUUGAUUGAACCUUUUGGAACAAGAAAUUUCAUAAUUAUCUUUUUUUAUAUAGGCGGUGUUUACAAAUCAGAUAUAAAAUCAAAUCUGGUGAUGAGAAUAUAAGUCUACUUCAGCAAAAGUGGGCCAUUGGGCUUAAAUCUGAGUUAAAUUGACUUACUAAAUCUCUGCUUUAUCUUCAAUGCAUAAUGACAAUGAUAAUUUAUUGAUGAAUGAUUGUUGUCAAUUGAGAUUGACACCAGGAGGGGUUCAUUCUCUUUCAGAAUGAAGUGUUACUGUUUCAAGGUAGAGAUUUUCAGUUAACUAUAGUUAUUAAGACUUAUCUCAAUCUUUGUAUUGGAGGAAAAAAACUUUUACCUACGACAGUUUUUUUUAAGGUAGCUGUUUCAGUUCUUCUUAGAAUUGAAAAGUUUCACAUAAAAGCAUUGUUUACAUAACAGCAUAAUUUUACUUAACAACAUAAGUAACAGACCAAUGAGGUUCAAGGAUUGAGAGAGAAGAAGUAAAGUUGUAAUGAUUUUAACGUGAACUAAUCAGCUGUUCAGGCUAAAUUUAAUUGUGGAGUGGUGCAAUUAGUGAAUUGGUACAAUGUUCCGUUGCAUCACUGUCAGUGGCAAUGAGAGGUUAUAAAUGAAAAAAUAACCCGGUUAUAAAAAAUAAUCUCUUAGAAGUUUUAUGAGUAGUGAUUUUUAGUAAAUAAAACUGUCGUAGGUAAAGUAGCAUACUCGACUCACGUAAAUAGUGUUAACGACACUCUUAGAAGUUUUCAAGGCAAUCUCCAAGGCUCGUACAUUAAAUUUUCAACUCGUUUCGUUAACACUAUCUUUACGCUAUCAUUGUGUAAACUACUAUCAUGUGAUAAGCUAAGAAGAAUGUGAUAAUCUCAUAUAACUUAGAAUUAAAUAUGUAAGGUUAGUAAAGAAUCUUUUAGUUUUAAAAUGAACACAAUGUAUUUUGUUAGAUGAAACUACAUAAGAGCUCUUGGUAUACUACAUAUCUGGACUGCAUUUCACCGGAAUUUGCUUUAAUCAAAACGCUUGGAAAAAAGAAAAUCGAUAACUUUUGUAAUAAUCUACAAAUCAGGAUUUUAAGCAAAGUGGGGGUACAGUAGUUCAAUUAAGUAAUUAAAAGAUUGCACUGAUAUAAAAGAUCAAUUGAUGUUUAAUAUGCCAACAUCAAAGUCAACUGAUAGAAUGACUUAUUAGCAAAUUUCCCAUAUAGGGAAUAAGUUAUUACCGUGGGACUCAUGGAAAAACAUGGCCCCGGGACCGAUUUUUUUUUUUUUUAUUUUUUAUGUCCCCAUAGGCUAAAAAUCACAAUCCGUUCAAAUUCAUACAUACAUAUAAAUGUAUUUAUUAAAACGAUGACUCAAGUAUAAAUAAUCUAGUUUUGAUGAAAUUUGAUACUAAUGUGUAAGCCUACGUUUAUUGUAACGAGUUUGCAAACCAGCAUGACUAGACCAUGGAAACCGGGUUUUAUGGGGUAAAAAUUGGGUUUUCUCACUUUUGACUUUAAAAUCAUACAAUUUUGCACUUUCUUUCCAAACCAAUCUAUUGAGCUUGAAAAACAAAUAAUUAACUAUAUAGAAGUGUUGUUAUGCGCUUAAUAGUUACUGGAAAAAAUCUAAAGUUCCCAUGUUGUUAAAUUAAUUUCUUGUAGUUUGCUUGUUUAUGGAUAUAUUUGAUCAAACUUAGCAAAUUAAUUAUUUCAAACUUAGCUAUUAUUUACUAAACAUACUCAACUACCCCCUACCUAAGUACUUCUUAAACUUAAUGUUAUUUAAAUAGGGAAUAAAUCAGACAUGUAUAAGGAAAUAUUUUGUAUGUCUUAAGUGAAAAUCCAAUUGGGCAAAUGGGAAAUUCACUAUGUCUGCAGAUUUGCUGUGGCAGGGGUGUAUUAAGCUAUACGAUCUUUUAUAAUGUCACAUGUACUAUCUCAGUAUCAGGCACGUUAAUCAUGGAAGUAAAAUUUCAAUAAUUUUGUAAGAUGUUGCAUGUGUCAAAUGUAUGUAUUUUUUCAAUCGGUUGUAGCUUACUGUUGUAUUCUUGUCAAUAGUUUGACAUAUCGAUAAUAUAAUGUACUCCAACACGAUCGUAAUAGACCAAACAAUUGAAUAACUUACGAAACAGCUGCUUGUUUGCAUUAGCAAAAUUGAAAACAAGUUAGAAGUCGAAUUGAGAAGAUGUAUUACAUGAAAGGUAUUUUUGUUUUGUAACUUAAAUUGCUAGAAUAAAGGUUCAGAUGAAAAAUGUAGUUCAUUAUAAUAUAAUGCCCAUAUUAUGAGCAAAAAGUGUUUUUCAACCCUCACUCAUUUUCUCAACUAAAACUUAAGCUUGGGUCGCAAAGAGUCAUUUUACGUCCUAGUGAUGAAAUAUAAAUUUACUGUGAAAUUUCCUGUUUCUGUUACAUGCUAUCACCUGAAAAAAUUCAUCAUUACAUUGUUAACUACGGAAAAAGAAUAUUUACUAUGCAAAAGCAAUGUUUACAGUUUUUUUUUAUUUUGCGGACGUGAACAAACAAAGAUUUGUGAAUGUUUUGUUAACUGUUUGAAUUUUCAACAACCAAGACUGUACAACCAAAGUAAAUAUUAACUUAAAAUUGAAGGCAUAACCUAAAAAUAAUGCUAUGAGUUUUGUAAUAAUUCUACUGUAAUAAACUAUUCUAUCUGUAAUAAAGAAAAAUGCAAUGUCUGUUUUAAAUUAUGUAAAUAAUUAGUCUUUGUAGUGUAUGAAAAGUUCAAAACAUGAGUGAAAGUGGGUCUAUACAUAUUCUCGACCAUUUAAAGUGCUCGAUGGCUCUCGCACUAAAAACAUUAAUAUGAAAUUACUCGCUUUCUACUCUUGUUACGAAAUAUACUAUGGUUUUAUAUUUUAUAAGACAAAUUGACAAAUUGUAUACAAAUUGUGUUGGAAAUUGUAUUAGUUUUUGUAACAGUGAUCAAACAAGAGCAUUGAAUAGUUAAUAAUAUUAAAUAAAAUACUUUUAUCUAGUCUAGUUUUUUGUCUAACUAUAUGAUUCUUUAUUAUGUAAGGUGACGUUAAGGAUUUCUAUUUGACAUUUGAGAUACAUCUUAGACUGUUGAUGGAAUUAGACAUCCCAUCUGCGAUUUAAGUUGUUACCAUUUUUUAAAUCAAAAUGGAUACAGGGUGAGGCAGUAAAACAGCACGUUUUUGAAAAAUCACAAAUAAUUCACUUAUAAAAAAGGUCAGUUGUUUUUAACACAAAUCCUAAGUACAUGAGUGGAAAUUAAUUUUUUUUUUGUAAUACAGUGUCAGUAAAAUGGCGUAUUUGGUUUUGCACACAUUGAUGAAUUAUUAAUUGAAAUCAUUCCAUGAUGUUUUUUAGCGUUUGCAUAACGUCUGCAAUCGUUUCAUAGCGUUUUGUCUUGCUAGCAGUGGCUUCAAAGUUAUUCAUCCAAAGGAUAGCUUUCCUUGAUAGCACGGGAGCCUGCGGCGAUAGACUGAACUCACAACGGAAAGUGCACUGAGCACAAACCAUAAUAUCCACGUUUUUGUAAUAUGCCUUUACAGCAAACGCAAGUUGUGCACUCAUCCAACGUUCCAUGGCUACUGAAAUUUCCACAUGUUUAGUCUAUGGUCAUCGUACUCUAAUAGCCCAUGAUUCCUUGUCAGCUGGUAUCCAAAUCGUGCUGUUUCACUGCCUCACCCUGUAUUUGAAUUUGGUAACGUGAAUGUUAGCCAUGACACAUUUGAAUGGAGUGUUGUUUGUGAAAAAAAAAGAAAAAACUAAAGGUACACACCAUUUAGAUUAUAGCACAUCCUGUGAGUUGGUUAUCCAUUCAACAUGCUUUUGGAAUAAAAAUAGGCUACAGUUGGUAUAUGAAGAUGGUAUGUCUACUUCAAUAUUGAGAAAUAGUUUCUCUGUUCAUUUGACACUAACAUAAAACAUUCUCACGGCAGAACAUUGCUAGAAAUAUCAGUCAGUUGAAUCUAAACCCUUUUUUUAAAUACCAUGUUUUUAAACGCACUUAAAAGUAGAAAUAAAAAAAAAUUGUUUUAAAUCUCACAAGUAUUUACUCUUUCCAAAUAUAUUUAUAAAUUAUUUUCUACUUUUUAGUGUGUUAUUUAAAAAAAGUUUUUUAUGUAUAAAUUAUUAAGGAAAUUGACAGGAAAGCAGGCUUACCUUGAAAUAAGUCCAUAGAGACACAUAAAACACAUCACAAAAGUAGAAAUUUUCGUAGUCACUGUUGAAAUUUUUUCAACCACUGGAGAAAAAUUCCUGGCAAAUGCCCUACCUUUUUAUAUACAAAAUUAUUUUCUACUUUUUAGUCUUUAAUGUGUAAGUAUGUUAAAUCUGUUUUACCUAACCCGCUUUGUUAAACUUCCCUAUCCCAAGCGUGGUGUAUACAGCUUCCUUACUUCUCGAGUGAUGUAAAGUUGAAAAAAAACUCACUCGGUGAUGUAAUGAAACCCAUUUAAAUAACAUUGAGUGCUUAACUUAAAAAAAUAUACCUCUAUGGAGGCAUUGAUGUUCAACGCUAGAAAUCAGCUGUGCGCUUGAAUGUUAUUGUUAUGCUUUAAAGUAUUUUCCUAACCUAGCUUUUGUUUGUAAAAGAACGUUACUGUUAGAUGAUGAGUGAAAUGGAUAAUGAAAAAUAUUGUACGUAAACCCAUGUAUAUUGUCGGGUCAGGUAAAAUCUUGUACGUUACACGAUGCGCAAGAGCGUGUUUACAUCUCUUAGGUGAAUUAUGCAACUCGCUUCCGCUCGUUGCACAACAUUCACCUGCGUGAUGUAAAAACGCUCUUACUACACUUGUAAUGUAAAUAGCUAUUACAUGGCCUGCUGUUUUCUGGUUAAAAAUAACCAAAACCUUUUUAUCUGCAAUCAGAUGUUUGUCUGUCAGAUGUGUGUGUGUUUUUAUCUUUACUUUGAAAUGUUUGUUUAUAUUUCUUUAAAUAUCACAGGAACAGAACCUUUACCUCUUAACCUCUGCUCUUUGAUCAAACUUUAAAAUUAAAGUAUUUACAUCUGAUUUCAAUUGAUAUAUUUGACUAUUUACAUUCUUCCAAAAUGUAAUCAUUGAAAAUUUGAAAGCCUACGGGACGUAGCCCCAAAGGAAAUAUGAAAAUAAAAUGAUUUAAUAUUGCAUUGUCAUCUAUUUUUGAGCUAUGUUUCAAGAUUCAAGUCUCUCGCUCAUCGGGGAGUUAGUGUAAAAUUUAUUGCAAAAUUUGUACCAAACAGACAAGAAAGAGAGCUAAUAAAAAAAGUUUUAUAAUAGAGAGUAAACUAGAAUAGAAGGGCAAAUUUGAGGUUCUUAAUUAUAAUUUUAUUAAAUUACAUUUAUAUUUAUAAUACUAUAUCAAAACAACCAUAGUCUUUGGCAUUAAAUUGUAGUCAAAUAAAUUGACUAAAUUAACCUCCAAGUAUUAUUUAGUAGUUAAACUGUAUUUUUUCUCUUAAUUAUUAAUCACAAGUCUUGAUAACAAGGUUUUGAUUGGAAGAUUCUCAAUGUAAGGACUAAGGAGAGUUGCCAAAUAGCAAAAUGUCAGACUUGAGGGGCGCGAAAGAACUCACCUACCCAGUCAACUUUAACCUGAGUUAUCAGCUGUUUAUUUUAGGUUGGCCUCUAAUACCAAGCCACAAACAGGUCAACUCCUCAUGAGAUGACACCUGAUUGAGACGGGAUUCUUUUUUUAUGUUAUCUAAUAUCUAUGCUAAUGACAUUUUAUCAUUUUUUAACGUUGGACUUGUUAUCUGACUUUUUUGUUAGAUUGCAUAAUAAGCUCAUAGCUCCUGACAAAAUGGCAUUCUCUGUCUGGAACCGCUUGGAAUCAGCCCAAUGACCUUCAGAUUUUAAUUGACCAACCCAAAUAAAAAAUAGUUCUUUAUAGUUUAUACUUAUACUAAAGUAGACUUUAUAAUCGAGGAAAUUUGUAUUAUAGUUUUCAGAUUUUUUUAAAUCAUACGGACAGCUGUAUUAGCAUAGACAGUUGUAAUUGGAAGUUUUUUUACACAACUCCUAUGUCUAAAUGUGCAGCUUUUGGAGCUAAAGUUAAAUAGUUUAUAUCAAUAUUACUAUGGUUCUUAAUGUUAAUGUUGAAUCUAGAGUUUUAGACAUUGUGAAAAAGUAUGAUUGUUACAUUUUUCUUGUUAAAAGUCAGGGUAAAAUUGAAUACAAAAUUGCAAUCAGUAUUAUAUUUAUUGGCUUUUUAGUGAUUUGUUAUUUUGUAGCUUAUAUAUUUAUUAGCAACUGGAGCCUUGUUGGCUGCCGCCUUAGAACAUUAUGUGAUAUUUAUCAAUACAAUUUAUUAAUUUAAUUUAUUACUUAUGCUUACCUAUUAGGCUAAAUAUUUCUUUGUAGGUUUUACCUAUACAUUCCAUCCCCAUAAUAAAUUUGUAGCCAGAUUUUUAAUCAAAAUCAUCGUAGUUUUUAUGAGCCACCAACGAAUUGUGCUGGUCUAAAUUACAAAUUUCUGUCAAAUACAGAAACUUUUUUACCAAGGCAAUUCAAUGGAAUGGCUUAUUGUGAGUUAUAGCAACUGUUAUGACCCAGUAACUUCGUCAGCAACAAAAAAUAAGGUAGAAAAUGGAUAGACACUAGUAUAUUCUAUGACUGGCUCACACAACAUUUUUUGUUAAAAAUUGGCGACAAAUGGUCCAUAUACUGUGGAUGGGAUGUCUACUUCAGUAUCUAAAGGUCAAUGGUUUUACAUAACUCAAUUUGAAAAAAAUAAUAAGAAAAUGCCAUUCUCAAGUAGUUCACACCAAAACUGAUGUAAAAAUGAAAUAGACUAAAUACUCUCAAAGUUAUUUUAGUAAUUUUUUUUUUAUAAAAUGCUGGGAACACCAAAAUCAGGGUACUCAAUCAAGUGUCAAAUUUUACAAGUGUUAAUAUUAUUAACUGUUAAAAAAUCUGGGUUGAGCCGCUGUUUAAUACCUUAUAAAUCUAAAGGUGAGGAGCGAUUCCAAUCCUCAAUUAAUUCUUCCUAUAAUUCUAUACUGGUAUAAGGUCUCAUUGAUUCUCAAUACCUUGUGACUAAGAAUGAGUUCUGAAUCUCCCGUGAAGAAGAAAAUUGCAUGAAAUCAUGGGAAACGUUAACUCUUAUUAAUCUGCUAUGAUCGCUGUAAUAUGAAAUAGACUUUUCAUGCAAACAUUCUUCGUCAAAUCUCCUCAUAUGAUUGAAAAGAACAAAACAUUGUUUACAACUUGAUAAACAAUGCUUGCAAUUCGAUUUUUAUAAUAUUUCUAAAGGGUAGUAAAAAAUACAGUGUUUUUAUUAGUUUUGAUAAUCUAUGCCAUUGUUCGUCUAAUAUAUUAUUCAUUAGU